AUGGCUUUAUCUCCAUGGGGUUGCCUUCUGCUGGUCCUGGCAAUCGCCCCUGCUUGCCAUGCCCGUCCACUUGUUGAAGAAGACUUGGCCGGCAGCAUGGCCACCCAGCCCCUGCGGCCAUCUGUAAUCUCGUGCUCAACUGCCGGCAACUACAGCGACGGAAGCCCAUACCAUGUGAACCUCUACCGGCUCCUGUCGGACAUCCCCAUGGCCGUUGACUCCAACGGCUUCUUCAACGGCACGUUCGGCGCGGCAGGCAAUGAGGCCUUUGGCCUCUUCAUGUGCUAUGCCGGAGACACUGACGCCGAGUGCCAGGACUGCCUCGAUCGUGCACCCGAUGGUAUCAUGAAGCUGUGCCCCCACAGCCGGACGGUUCGCGCUGUCUACAACUCUUGCUCCCUCCAAUACUCCGAUGAGUCAUUCUUCUCUGUUGCCGACCUCUCCGUCGUUGACAUGGUCGACCUUUCCGUCGCGCCCCAGGUGGAACAAACCGCUUACCAACCUGAGAACAACAGAGCCCCUGACCAAACUUGGUACGGGGGAGGUGAUAAGGGGUGGCCCGAUCUUCUCAGAGGCUUACUUGUAGGGUACGUCGUGGACAAGGUUGGCUUGAGUCAGACAAGGCUCAAGCUGAUUGAUCGGCUCACGGUGAAGGCCAGCCAAGCGGACGUGCGGAUCGCGGAGGGCACACAACCGUUCACCGACACGCAGUGGGUGCGGGCAGUGGUGCAGUGCACGAGGGACCUGCCGUCGAGCGAGUGCACACGCUGUCUAUCCUACUACACCGAUCAGCUGCCGCGAUUGUUCCCGAACAAUAGCGGCGGCGCCAUCAAAGGGUCGAGCUGCUACCUGCGUUAUGCCAUCUUCUCAGACAAACCACGGGCGGUACAUGUGCAGCUGGAGAGAUACCAGUAUAGCGAGAAGUAUGAGAAGGAGAUGGAGAAACAUGAUAAGGAGAUGGCCGAGCAGAAAAAAUAUUAUGAAAUGGUAAUGGCGACGGUUCGCAGAAGACAACGACGAAAGGUGGCCAUCACUGCCAGCCUUGUCACCAUCUCCGUGGUGCUAGUGGUUUGCCUGGUCGUCAUGUUGGUUCGGUUCCUGAGGAACCGGUGGCGAAAAUGGGUGGCAGCAGCCAGGGUUGCCAUGAGAUCAUACCUGGAAAAACUGGCGAAACUGAUGGCUUACUACCGCAGCAAAAGAGUAUAUCAAGAUGAGCUCGAGCAAGGUACUGGCCCCAGGCGAUUCACAUAUAAUGAGCUCGCGGCAGCCACCGACGGCUUCUCCAGCCGGAACAAGUUAGGCGAAGGAGGCUUCGGGUGCGUGUACAGGGGGUUCCUCAAGGACACGAACCUUCACAUCGCCGUGAAGAAAGUGUCCAAGACCUCCCGCCAGGGCUGGAAGGAGUUCGUUGCCGAGGUGAGGAUCAUCAGCCGGCUAAGGCACCGAAACCUUGUGCAGCUCCUUGGAUGGUUUAACGGUGGUGACGAAGGUGAUCUCCUGCUCGUCUAUGAACUGAUGCCCAACGGCAGUCUGGAUGCUCACUUGUACAAGCCGGACUACUUGCUGCCAUGGACAGUCAGGUACGAGGUCGCGAUUGGCCUUGGCUCUGCGCUGAUGUACCUGCACCAGGAUACGGAGCAGUGUGUCGUUCAUAGGGACGUCAAGCCAAGCAAUAUCAUGCUGAACGCGUCCUUGAAAGCCAAGCUCGGUGACUUUGGCCUCGCAAGGUUCGUCUGCGACGGUCGGGGCUCGCUCACGACAGGUGCAGCCGGGACACUCGGGUACAUGGACCCGAAGUGUGUGUACUCAGGCAAGGCCAGCAUGGAGUCCGAUGUGUACAGCUUUGGUGUCGUCCUUCUGGAGAUCGCCUGCUGCCGAAGGCCAGCUGUGGCCCGAGCCGAUGACGAGGGAGUCGUCAUCCACCUGAUUCAGUGGGUCUGGGAGGCUUACGGCCAAGGGGCCAUCCUUGAGGCAGCCGAUGUGCGGCUGGACGGCAAUUUCAUCGAGCAGGAGAUGGAGCAUGUCAUGAUGGUCGGGCUUUGGUGUGGGCACCCCGACCCCGGCCUAAGGCCGUCCAUCAGGCAGGCCGUCAGCGUUCUGCGCUUGGAGACACCACUGCCGAGCCUCCCGGUGAAGAUGCCGAUCCCAGCCUACAUGCGGCCACCACUGGCGGAUGACUCUUUUGGUUCUCCGGGAACUACCGGUGGCAUCAGCAGCGGGGAUGCCAGUACAACCCAUUCAGCUCGUAACAAAGUUGAAUAG